AUGAUGUCCGUGAUCCUUCUCGCGCUUCUUCUCCAAGGCUCCCUCUCUUUCGCCCCCAACUUCAACUGCUCCAAGUCGGCCUUGUGCCAACAGGAGAUCGAGAACUUCCGCAUCCAGGAGAUAAAAGUAAGCGCAAGAUUAUUAGGAUCCUUUCAUUGUUCGUUUUGUGCCUAGGAUUCCAUCCUCCAACAACUCCACAUGUCUGUCCCGCCACCGAAUGGCACCAUUCCUUCCGCCAAGCUCCGCGAGAAGUACCGCAGCAUGUACUACGACAUGGAUGACUCCAAUCUGGAGGAAAAGGAGACCGAGACCACGAUGACCCUGGCCCAAGAUCCGUCGAACGGAGAGGACCGCUCCCAGCUCAUCGCCUCCUUCCCGACUCCCGGAACCUUGCACAAUGAGAUCACUGAGGUAAGCCUUUCGAAACACCUUCCUGUCUGCAAUGUUCUCAUUUUAGGCCAAGCUGAUCUUCCAAAUCAAUCUCCAGCCGGAUCGCGUCGUGCAGGACGUCCACAUCCAAGUUUUCACUAAGACUGAUGAUGGAUAUCUCGGAGAGCUCAUCAUCUCCGACACUCAAUCGAUUUCCGGCAGUGAGCGCAUCAGCGUUUCCAUUCCGAUCGACGCCGUCCAGCGCUGGUACACCUCUUCUCCGAUCAAAGGGCUCUUCGUCUCGGCCAUGGUCAACGGCCAUAACGUCGCUAUCCACCCGCAGCAGACCGAGGACGACUUCGAGAACAUGAUCCUCCAGGUGACCACCGUCAAGGGAGAGAGACGCUCUCGCCGCCUCGCCACCCCGAUCUGCACCAAGGAGAAGCCGUCGGAUGGAUGCUGCCUCUACGACCUCAUGAUCGACUUCGAGAAGAUUGGAUGGGAGUGGAUCAUCGCCCCACCACGCUACAACGCCUACCUCUGCCGCGGAAACUGCAAGCUCAACUCUCAUCACGUAAGUCCAACUAACUCUCUACUCCGAUCCGAUCAUAACUUUGCUCUUUUAGUACGCCCUCAGCGAGAACGGACACACCAAGAUCAUGAAGGCCGCCUACCGCAUGGGAGACGACGUCAAGUCGCAGGUGGAGAACCUCGGAUUCUGCUGCCACCCGACCGAGUACGAGUUCAUCAAACUCAUCUACGUCAACCGCGACGGCCGCGUCUCCGUCGCCAACGUCAACGGAAUGAUCGCUCGCAAAUGCGCGUGCUCUUAG